GUUGCACAUCUCUAGCUUUUGCCAUUAUGGUCACACUGCCUCGCAAAUCAAGUGUCGUUUGGAUCGAAGCGCGCACGUAAAAAACCAACAAAGAAGCAAUAACAAAGACAGCAGAAAAAACAGCUCGCAAGUCUGUCAACGAUCGUCAAGGCGUUAAGUCGACGUCGCGCUGCGCCGUGUUGUUUAUAUGUUAGUGACAUUUAUGUUGUUUGUAUUACUUUUGACUUUUUUUAUAUAUUCUUUACGUGUGUGCCUGCUGCGACUCUCUUCAACGCAUAAAACGGUAAUAAAAGCCAACAUACCGUUAGCCAAGCAAGAAAAAAAUGUAUAUAUAUUUCGUUAAGCUGCAAAAGCAGCGACUGCAGCUGCUGUUGAUGCUGCUGCUGGGCCUCAUCUGUGGCAGCUGUUUGUCGCGCCUAUUGCAGCUGGCGCGUCACGAAUUCUACAGCGACAGCAGCGCAUCAGCUGAUUCCGUUGAGCUUUACACCGGCAGCAGCAGCAGCAGAGAGGCUGCUGCUGCUCUUUACAAUUUGCGGCAAGCUUCAAAUUAUAAUCCGACUAAGCGUAUACUCUGCAUGAUUACGGUGCGCCCGCUUAAGCAGAAGCGCCAGGUGCACAUUGAGCACACCUGGGGCAAGCGCUGCCACAAGCUGCUCUUCCUCAACUCCAAGCAUAAGAAUAAGAAACCUUUUUUCAACCUGUCGAUGAGGCGCAAUCACACCAGCAGCAGCAGCAGCAGCAGCAGCAGCAACAGCAGCAGCUCAUGGGGUCGCACGCGCGAAUAUCUGCAUUACGUCUAUACGCAUUAUCACAAGCAAUACGACUGGUUCCUCAUGGUGACUGACGAAACCUAUGUGAUCAUGGAGAAUCUGGAACACUUGCUGCUUGACUACUUACCCGAGAUGCCCGUCUACUUUGAUAGCUUUGCAUAUGAGUUUACGAAAAAUCAGCAUAUAAGAACAGGAUCUGGCGGCAAUUUAUUUAGUAAGGAGGCGCUGCAUCGUUUUGUGACUCUGGGCCAUGAUAAUAGUACCAUUUGCAGCAGUCACAAUUAUGGCAUUAAGCAUGUGGAAAUUGCACGUUGUUUUCGCAAUGUGGGCGUGGCCGUGGGCAACAGUAGCGAUGAGCAAGGCCUGCCGCUCUUCGUGAACAAGCUAACGAAUAUUACACUCGGCUGCUGUUCGAAGUCAGCAAUAACAUUUAACUGUCCUGAUAUGUUUUGUUUUUAUAUAAUGGAAUAUAUCGUUUAUAAAUUACGUCCGUUUGGCUUGAGUUGAACGAAUGAAAAUUUCAAGUAAAGGACUGCAGAAAACUUUGCCAAAGACAUAGCCUCAUUUAAAACUGUCUUCAUUAAGCAUACAUAAAUAGAACAUAACAUAUAUUGUAAAACUCUCUAGAAAUAGCUAACAGAAAACCUAUAAAUAAAUGUGUACAUACAAACUUAAAUUUUUGUUAGU